AUGUUUGCGCAAGGAAACAAACUGUCGGCAAGUGAUGAGGCUUUCCGAGCCGUAGGACUUGUUGAUGAUGAUGAUCUGGUAUCGUGGACAGACUCGAACUUUCUCCAUUUCUUCCGCAUAAAUCAUCUGCCAACAUGGGGUAGUAGACGGAUCUGGAUGGAACGACAUGCUAGAUUUGAGAGGGAACAAAAUUACAGUUCCCAAGGUAGACAUCACGAAGUCAUCUUCGACAGUAAAGGUGUGGUCCAAAGGUCUGUUAGAGGAGUCGAAACUUAUGCCUGGGAUGCGGUUCUCGCGGGAAGCUCUGUCCAAGCUUUGAAAGGGUCCCUGUUCGAGGCGGGUCACUUCCCCUCUGACAGCAUGUUGAAUCUGUACUUUGGCAGAAAUCGUGGAACCCCGCUGGAGGACGACACACCUCUUUCAUUCUACGAGCCAGCUGACUGGAGAAAGCUCUCCUUGGAAAUUACGAGGACGUCCCAGGCUGAAAAUACCGACAAAACAACGGCACAUACUGAACCUCCUGUCGUCUUUUACAAGCCAAGAAUACCCGGCACUAAACACUGGCUAGGAGAAGACAGAAAUGGUACACCCAUUUCUGAUCACAGCAACGACGAUAUCACCAACAUCGCGCACCUCCCCAAGCGUCCCCUUAUCCCCAAAGACGUCCAACGCAUCUACGACCUCACACACCACAAAUCCCAGCCCACCGUCACCGAACUCCUCGACUCAAUCCACACCCGCGCUCAGGAGCUAAUCCAGAUCCAAAACGCCCUCGGGGCUCGCGACACGCUUCCUCCACACCUCAAAACCGUGCGCUCGAAGUCAGUAGUUGAGAUGCUGGAUAAUUUUCGUGAUUUGCAGGAGGUGAGGGAGGAGAGACAGAGGCUUGUUGAUUUGCAGGUUGAGACUGAGGAGGUGAGGGAGGGGGAUAGGAUGAAGAGGGUUAAGUUGGGGCAGGAGAUGGGGUUGGAUGUGGGGGCUGGGGAUGGUGGGAUGGGUGGCGUGGGUGGGCAAGUGAGGGGGAGGAGUUAUAUUGGAGAUAUUUCUAGGGAGUUAAAUGGGAGGGAGUGAAGAGCGAGGGAAAGCAUUCAUUUUGUUUACGAGGGUGAGGUAGGGGCUUGCUAAGCGAGACUGGAGGAAUUGGGAAAGUAGCGUCUAUUAUUUAGCCAACUGAUCGUAAGGUGAAGCAUUAGUGGGCUAAAGAUGUACAACUUGGAUGUGGAGAGAUGGCUAUUUGAUCUCAUAUUAAGUGAUGUAAGAGUCGACUGGCUCUGUGUAACAACUUUUCUCAUUUUUAGUUUGGGUCUUUUCCUUCGAAUUUAGCUAUCUUCUAAG